GACGAUAUGUGUGUAUGUGUGUGCACAUCAUUAAUACAUACAUAUAUAUAAAAAACUUUCGAACUGUUAGGAGUAAAUCGCGCGCGAAUAGGCCGGUUAUCGAAAAAUUUAUGCAUUUACAAUGAAAAUACAAUAACAGGGGCAUUAUAAUUAAUUGAGAAUAGUUGUGCACAUUAUUCAUUUAAAUAUUUCCAACAAUUAUGCACCGUUUAAUAACAUUGUUAUUGUUACUUGUUUGCGCGAGAACGAAAAAUCAGUUUGAUAUAGAUCCAUUGAAAACAAUCGUAUGGGGUCCAGGACUGAGACCAGCAGCAAUUACCAUGCGUGCCAGAUAUUUCUUUCUACAACUUGUAGAUUUAGAUGGAAGAAAUCUGACAAAAUCUCCUGGUGAAAAUAUAGUUACUGGGCAAAUAUAUGGACAUUCUUUUAAUAAUGUACCAUGCCGCAUAUGGACUCAAAUUUUUGACUGUAAAGAUGGAAGUUUUAUUGUACGCUAUAAAAUUUUUAAUACUUGUUCUAACAUUAAUAUUAAAAUAAAGAUUAAGGGAAAUGAAUUAUCAUUGCCUCAUUUAGAAAUCCAAGGUCCUGUUUAUGAGGAGGAAUGUUACUGUCCAAAUCCAUCAAUCAUUAAUUGGCUAUAUCAUUAUCAAUGCCGACAAAAUUAUACUCAAAUACAUGAUGAUCUUUCUCCAUUUAUAAAUAUUGAUUUUGAUAACAUACGCCAAAGCAUUAUUAAGAGAUAUGAUCAACCAAACAGUGUUAGCAUUUGUCAUUAUGUAUUGAAAUCUAACAGAAUUUAUAGGCAAUGUUAUGGUCAAUAUGUUGGCUUUAAAAUAUUUAUGGAUACUAUAUUGUUGUCGCUCGCACGUAAAGUGGUACUGCCAGACAUUGAAUUUUUCGUAAAUCUGGGUGAUUGGCCGCUCGUUCCUGAUACAGGCCCACUUUAUCCUAUUUUUUCAUGGUGUGGUUCUAGCAAUACUAAAGAUAUUGUUAUGCCUACAUAUGAUAUCACAGAAUCAUCUUUAGAAGCAAUGGGCAGGGUAAUGUUAGAUACGCUCUCCGUACAAGGUAACACUGGACUGUCAUGGGAAAACAAAAUUGAACAAUUAUUUUGGCGUGGACGUGAUUCCAGAAGAGAACGACUAGAUUUAAUAGAUAUUUCAAGAAAGCAUCCAGAGCUCUUCAAUGUUUCUAUUACUAAUUUCUUCUUCUUUAGGGAUGAAAUGGAUAAAUAUGGGCCUGCACAAAACCAUGUGUCAUUUUUUAAUUUUUUUAAGUACAAAUAUCAAUUGAAUAUUGAUGGCACAGUAGCAGCAUAUCGAUUCCCAUAUUUACUUGCUGGAGAUUCUUUAGUUUUUAAGCAAGAAUCCAAUUAUUACGAAUUUUUUUAUAAAGAUCUUAUACCUGUAUUACAUUAUAUACCUGUAAAGAGCGAUCUCUCGGAUCUUGUCGAUAAAAUUAUGUGGGCAAAGGAACAUGACGAGGAUGCAUUAAAAAUUGUUAAAUCUGCCAGACAAUUUGCAAGAGACAAUUUAUUACCACGUGAUAUACUAUGUUAUUAUACAGUUUUAUUUCAUGAGUGGAGUAAACGCUUAAAGAGUAAAACUGAAAUACUAGAUAACAUGGAAGAAGUACCACAACCUAGUCAUUCUUGUCAGUGUCAUUAUAGCAAUUUAAACUUUAGAGAUGAGUUGUAGAAUUCAACAUUUUUCUAUUAUUAAUUUAUACAAUGGGAAUCCACAUUGUCAUAUGAGUACGCAUAUCUGUUUACUAAGAUUUUAUAUCUAUCAUUAAUUAUAUAUGUAUGUCUCAAAAAUAAAAAUAAAUGGACAUCACAUCAAACAGAUAACUUUCUACUAUUUAAUGACCUUUUUUUUACAACACGUUUUCUUGUACACACACAAUUUGUUAACUAUUUUUAUAUUUAAUAUUUUUAUUUAAUCUAAAAUUGUGAGAAUUUGAGUAAGAUACACAUUAUUUGUAUAAUUAUAUGUAUGUAUGUGUGUGUGUGUGUGUGUGUGUGUGUGUGUGUGGUGUGUGUGUAUAUAUAUCAAUAUCUUCCUCGAAAAAUAUUUAUGGGAUAAAGACAGAGAAAUAUGGCAACAAUUUGUCGUGCCCCUUUUUUAAUUUUAUCGCGUAAUUCCAUUGCAAAUUAUAUGUAUAUAAUAUGAGAAAAUUUGUAUAUACAUUCACAUUAUAUGUAUAUUGAUUAUGAAAUUAAACUUCAUUACAUCAAUUAUACAAUAACAAUAAAUUGGAACAAAUAUUUAUUUUCUUAUAUAUUUGUACCAAUUCAUUAUAAUUUUCUUUCACUUUCAAUUUAUAUUUAUUCUCUAGUUAUAUGAAUAAAAAGUUAUACAUAUAUUUGUAAUAAAAAUAAGAUUUGAGGAUUAUCAUCUUUUCUGUAUUUAAAAUAGAAAAA